AUGGAAUUUAUAAAAUUAUUAUUUAAAGCAAGAGAUGAAAAUUUAUAUAGAAUGUUAUACUUUCCAUUAGUAUAUGGUAGUGCAUAUGCAAUUGGUAGUGUAUUUGUAGUAGUUGGUAUAUUUGAAAGAUUUUUUAGACCAUUUGAAAUUUAUUGGAUGUUAAAUUUUACAGUUUGGGCAAUGAUAUCAAGUCAUAAUUAUGUAUCAAUUAUAAAGAAUUCAAUUAGAAUUUCAAUUUCAGUUAUAAUUGGUGCAAUUGUAUCAUAUGGAUCAUUAUCAAUAGUUGGUGAAAGUGUUUGGCCGAAUGGUUUCAUAUUUUUUGUAUUUUUAUUUUUAGCAUCUGGUAUAAUGAUGUCAUCAAAGUUAUUACCAUUUACAUUUGGUAAAUUUAUGUUUAUUUCAUAUUAUUUCUUAACUUUUACAGAAGUGAAAUAUAGAGUACCAUUUUAUUCACCAAUUACACAUUUAAAAUAUUGUUUGGGAACAAUCAUAUCAAUUGGUAUUUGUUUAAUUACAUGUACCCUUUAUAGAAUGAAAUUUUCAAAUGAUUUAUUCAUUAGAAUUACGUUUAAUAUAUUUAGUGAAAUUAAAGAUUAUAUUAGAACAUCACAAAAAAUACUUCAUCAAAAAAUUAAUUUACAUAAAAAAAAUAAAAAUAAAAAUAAAAAAGUUGAAGUACAAGUAGAAGAAAAAGAAAAAGAAAAAGUACAAGUAGAAGAAGAAGAAAAUAAUAAAAUUUUAUUUUUUAAUAAAAAAUUAACAUUUAAAAAAAGAUUAGAUUUUCAUUUUUAUGAAUAUUCUAGAUUAUUAAAUGGAUUAAAUUCAUAUUUAAAUGAAUGUAAAAAAGAAUUUCAGUCAAAUAAAGAUUUAAUAUUUCAUUUUGAAAAAGUUCAAGUUAUUUUAGAAAGAAAUCAUAAGAAAUUAUAUGCAAUUGGGUUUGGUUUAACUCAAUCAUUUUCAAUUGAAUAUUUAAGUCAAAUUCAACCAAUAAUUCCAUUAAUUGAUAAAUUAAUUACAGAGACUGAAUGUAUUUUUAAUAUUAUGGAAAAACAAUUAAGAAAAAAGUAUAUUCAUUAUGAUAAUCAUGAAUAUGUUAAAUGGUUUUUAAAAUUACAUAGUUUAGAUGUAACAAAUCAAAAAUUAUAUGAAGAAGCAAAUAAACAAUAUUUUCAUACUUAUCCAUUUUUAAUUGAUGAUAUGAAUAUAAUUUUAAAUGAUUUAUUACCAAAAUUAAAAAAUAAUAAAAAUAUAAGUGGUAUUGGUAGUGGAAUUGGUAUUGGUGGUGGUAUAGGUAGUAGUAGUGGUGGUAGUGGUAGUAGUAGAGGAAGUGGUGAUGGUAGUGGUAGUGGUGAUGGUAGUGGUAGUAAUGGUAGUAGUGGUAAUUGUGGUGAAAAUCCAUUUAGAAUUAAUUCAUUAGAAUUUUAUCAAUUUGAAAUUAAUGAAUCAUUUAAAAGAGUUGAUAAAAUUACAAAGAAUUUAGAAGAAGAAUUUACAUCAAUUUUUAAAGAUAAAAAACCAUUUAAUCCAAAUGAUGAUAAUAUUUUAACAAAAAUUAGUUUUAGUGUUGAAGGUUUUGCUUUAUUUAUACAAGAACAAAAGUAUUUAUCUAAACAAGUAUUUUUAAUAUCAUAUCAUUUAUCAUUAAAAAAGUAUAGACCAAGGGAAAUUCUAUAUUUACAAUCAUUUUUUUAUAAAUUAAAAAAAUGUUUUUUAAUAUUAAAUGAAAGAAAAGUAUUAAAUGAAAUUGAGAAUGAAAAACUACUAAAUAGAAUUUAUAAAUUAAAUUACACAUUUAUUAAAAAAGUUAAAAUAUUUUUAAAAUAUUUAAUUUUUAAAAGAAUUUUGUAUGAUUGGAUAUUUUCAUUAAAAUAUUCAAUAGUGAUUACAUGUGGUGCUGUAGGAAUUUACGAAAUUAAUAAAAAUUCGGAUUUUAUAUUAUUUGAAAAAUUGUCAUGGGCUUUGGAUACGUUUAUAGUGAUUUCUCAACCUGAUAUUGGCGCAAUUGGAUUCGUCAGUGCUACACGUAUAGUUGGUACAAUGAUUGGAGGUUUCAGUGGAUUCGCAUGUGUAGUACUAAGUAAGUUAGGUCAAUCAGAAGUUGCAGCCGCUUUUAUUUAUAGUGGUUUUUCAUUUUUUAUAAUUACUUUAAUUGCAUUUUUAAUUCAAGAACAACCAUUUGAAAAUAUGAUUCAAAUUAUAAUUUUCACAUAUUCAACAAUAUCUGUACCACAAUUUGAACAAAGAAAAGAGUCAAUAAUAUAUGCAUUAUUUAAAAUUGCUCAUGUCACAUUUGGUGUAAUCGUUGUAUUAUUAGUUGCAAUGAUUUCACCCUAUUUCGAUUUCAAACAAUUAGAAAAGAAUCUUUAUAAAAUACCAGAAGCAAUAAUUGAUAUGCUUGAUUUUUUAUUAUAUUAUAGUUUUACAUUAAAUCCACCAAAUAAAAAUAUUGAUAAAGAAAUUUCAUUAAUUAUUCCAGAAAAUAAUUCAACAAAAACUAUAAAUGGUUCAAAAAAUGAAAAUGAAAAUGAAAAUGAAAAAGAAAAUGAAGAAAUUAAUAAUUUAAAAGAUGAUAUUGAAAAUAAUAUUAAAUCAAUUAAUAAAUUAACAUUUAGAGAAUAUCGUAUAUUAAUUGGUAAAAAGUAUAUUAAAUUAAGAAGAGUUUUCCCACUACAAAGGCAAUUGUUGAUUGAUUCUGGUUUUGAGUUAUUUUUUAAUUUUAAAAAGUAUGAAAGAAUUAAAAGUAUUUUAUACUCAAUUCAAAAAUUACAUAAUUUAUUCGGUGCUUUGGAAUUCAUGAUUAUCGAGGCAAAUUAUCAACAAUAUAUAAGAUCAAUUGGGUCAUUAUCAAUUGAACUAAAUCAAUCAUUAAUGAAUGAUCUUUUAAAAACUUCAAGUGAUUUGGCAAAUUUAUUACCAGUGAAAAAUAAAAAUAUUAAUUUUACAAAGAAAACUUCAAAACAAUUAUCAUUGGCAGUUGAUAAAGAUAAUAGUAUUCAAUUAUGUAAUCAAUUAAUUAAACAUAUUGAUUUAUUAAUUGAUAGUUUUAAUUUUCCAUUAGUUCCAUAUCAUAGAGUUAAUGCAAUUUUAUAUGCAUUAUUUUGUUUUGUAAAUCAAUAUAAUAUAGUUUAUAAUAAAUUAAUUUUAUAUAAAAAUAUUUCAAUUAAAAAUAAUAAUAAUAAUAAUAAUAAUAAUAAUAAUAAUAAUAAAAAAGAAAGUGAUCAAAUUUUAAAUAUUAAAAAUUAA